AGGAGACAAUGCACUAGGCUUGAUUGUAAGGCCUCCAAACCAGGGUUGAAUACAGAUUGCUGGUAGAGAUUUAGGAGUGAGUGGUUAUUGAUAGAAGUCGGCUUAUGUAACAAUCUGUGCUCAGACUGCCCCUGCGUCUCAGGGCGUGCUGCCAGAGACGGUGAGUACUUGGUGGCCUGCUUGGUGCAGAAGUUAGUCAGUCAGAGCUCUUGAAGCAUCACGACAAGCACAUUAGUUCCUGAGGAAAUGAAAGUGUGAAUAUUUUCUGCAUAGGUUACCUGCCAUCAAAAAGCAUGAAUAUCUGAAACCUCAUGGCUUUAUGCAUGCUUUAAGACACCUUGGUUUAGGAAAUCAUCUGUCGGAUAUCGCUCUGCUUUCCUUUCUGUUGCCAAACGCGCGAGCUUCCCAAGUGAGAACGUAAGUUGCAUGCAACUUUUCAGAAGUAGCUUGUGAUUGGAUGGUGCCUGAAGAUAAUGACACCCAUCUGUGUUUUGUCGUGAGAGAUUUCUUUCUACCCAUCAGGCAGGAAGUCCACCCAUUUAAGAUUGAAGUUUAGAACAAAUCUACGACUUCCUUGAGUCAUUUCAGUGAGUGAUUUGCGGCCGAGUGAAGUACUAGCUGUCAGCUGACGGAAUUUACUCACACCUCUCGUUCCAACUGUAGAGACAUUGGACCGUUGAAGUGCUUCGGUGUAGAGGACAGUCAAGGAGACAUCGUCGUUGUUUGGCAAGCCAAUGUAUAAGGUCGAGGAUGCAUCCAGUCGCCAAGUAAAGCGACACAGAGCUGAUCACGGUCUACCUACAGGCAGUCUUCAUACAAAAGUCAACGGUUUUGCCAGCAUCAACGGUGUGUUCCAGGAAAAUGUCGAACACAACUCUGAAGUUUUGAGGAACUUGCUAAAUUUGAAUCGUGGCAGUCCUGCCAAGUCCUUCAGUUUGUGCAGUGAUACGGAAUCACAAGAUUCUCUGACGCAGGACAGAUUGACUGAGAACCGUCGCGGAUUACUUGAUUUAGAAGAGCAAAUUGCGAAGAGCGCAGAUACUGAACUUGGUGGGAAUUGGCAAGCUAGAAAGUUGGAGUGCGCGAAGGUACCCAGUGAGAGUGGAGAUUCCACAGCCAUGCCCACUGCAGAAACCGCAAUGUGGGAAGAGUGUAACGGAUCAACUAGUCCAAUGCAAGAAACAGAUAGUCUCAAAGCCAAACGCGCCCGAGUCGAAAACAUUAUCACAAGUAUGAGGCAUUCACCACCAGCAGUAGGGGGCCAAGAGCCUUUGGGUUUGGAGGACAGUCUUCGCAAGCCAAAGCGAAAGCAAUACCAACCACAACCCCAGCGAUGGGACUCUGAAGACGAAGACUCUCCAGGAAAACCAUCCCGCAAACAAGAGAAAACUAAGCUCAAAGGGAUCCUAUCCCACCUUCAAACGCAGCUUGAUACACUUCAGGAGAAAUACCUCAACAUGUUUGACACAGAAGAUGAUGGUAAUCUAUCAGACAACUCUGACGACAUGGACGAUUUAAAUGAACCAGUCGACACAGGUAGUAGUGCAAUCCCCAAAUACGAGGUCAAUGGUGUCAGUGGAAACAGCUCACCUGUUCGUCAUGGAAACGAUAGAAAACGAAGAGCGGAUGGAAGUUGUGUUCUUGACCGCACGACAAGUUAUAUCGUAAGACAAACAUUGAAGGAAGAGUUGCCCCCUCUCCUCCUCAAUGCUGUAGACUCUGUUAUGAAUAAACUCACGAAAAGCACCAGCAGCAAAAACACCAGCAACAACAACUCGACCCACACUAAGACUGAAAUCAGUAGUAACCAGGGCAGAAAUCCAGUACUAGCCCGGAAUGCUGCUAGCCCCCCUGCCCCAGCCCAGGAGCGCAAGCCGACACCUCCCCCGCCAACCCUUCUUCACCCAAGCUUCUUUAUGAGGCCAUUCCCUACGCCAUUGGAGCAGACAGAGGCCAUGUCAUUGGUGGUACCAAGUCGGAAGAGGGUGAGGAGCAAUGACCGACCCCUUCACGCCAGCAGUGGGUUCCAUCCUGGAGAUCUACCAAUGAAACCUGAGCCUCUCCUACCGGUCAGCUUACCCACCUCCGUAGCCAUACCCAACCCCAGCCUUCACCCUACCCUUGCUGCUAGCUUCAUGGCACCCACCAUGGCGACGGAUCCAAGGGAGCACUUUGAGAGCCUCAGGUACAUGUACGCGGGAAGUCCUCUGAUCCCCAACUCUCAUCUAUCCCCCCUCAACUACCUGAGUGACCACCGGUCAUCUCCCGGUGACCUCUCCCAUCUUUCUGGGGAGAGUCCGGCCUACCCGAUGAUUAAGCCAGAGGGGCGGGAUACGUCACCUCUUCACAUGCACGACAGGCCCAGCUCAGCUGAUCUCUCAGACUACUCACCAGUCAAUGGAACAUCGAUAACUUGUACCCUGACACCGACCCACCUGCGGAAGGCCAAGCUCAUGUUCUUCUUCGUCCGCUACCCGAGCUCUGCCCUUCUGCGUCAACAUUUCCCAGACGUCAAGUUCAACCGCCACAACACCUCUCAGAUCAUCAAGUGGUUCAGUAACUUCAGAGAAUUCUAUUACAUCCAGAUGGAGAAGUUUGCCCGUCAGGCCGUCAGUGAUAGUGUAGAGAGUGCUGAAGAUCUUAAGGUGACCCGGGAUUCAGAGCUUUACCGGGCCCUCAAUCUCCACUACAACAAGAGCAAUGAAUUUACAGUACCCGAAGGCUUCUUGCACGUGUCUACCACGACGCUUCGUGAGUUCUUCACAGCGAUCAAGUCCGGCAAAGACACCGAACCUUCCUGGAAGAAGACUAUCUACAAGGUGAUUAGCAAACUGGAUGAACCCCUUCCUCCGUUCUUCAAGAAUCCAAACUGCCUGGAUCUACUGCCUCUCUGACAACCAAGAGCAGUCUGGAAAAUGUAAACUUAUCUCUUUCAAAAUGAAUCCAGAAAAUAUCUUGCAAUUUUUAUAGAACUGCGUAUAAAAGCAGGAACAACUGAAAACUAAAGCUUGAUAAUUCAAUAGCAACAUCAUACUUCAAGCAAGAGCAUCGAGACCGAGAGAAGCAAAUGAUAUUGAAGAGACAAACUGUGGCAAAUUCCACCAUAGGCAAGCCGAUUGUGAUGAAUUUUCUGGUGAAUUGAUCUUUUGUAUUUGUACUUAUUCCCCUUCCUAUUUCGAAUUCUAUAUUCCAUUUUUGAAAAAAAAGUCUUCUCUAUAUUCUUACUAUGUAUUUAUCCUGUGUGAAUGUGUUUGAUCAGUAGUUCUUUCUUGUCUGAACACCACCUGUUUGGUCUAUUGUACAAUAAGAGAUGAACUAUACAUUUUUCGGUAUGUUGCUUCCUCUAAGUGUAUAGCAAUGUGAAUAGAAACCAUGUCUUUCAUGUACGUAGAUCUCGUCAAGUUUUCCACUCUAGAUAUCUUUAAUUACUGCAAAGAUCUUUUCUGUGAUAGCUAAUUGAUUCUUGCCCCCUGCAUAAUAAUGAAAGCUGUGACUUACGAGGGCUCUUUUCAAACAAAGCCCCAGAUGGCUGGCCGGUUCGAAUUGAAUUUGUCACCUUUCUUGCUAAAGGUUUUGAACGAAGUCGCAGAGUUGUAUGAAGUUUGAUUAAGUGAUAAACAACCCCUUGCAUUUUUGCCUGAUGAAUGUCUUUCUGCCUUAUGCUUGACAAUUUUCCAAUUUUUGGGGGGAUCUCACCGAGUAAUUAACUCUUUCCACCCUUGCUUGUAUUGUUUGCUUGAGAAUCAACUUGGUCGCUUCCUAGAAAGGAUGCUCACCAUGAAAUAGGAAUAAUUCUUGAAUCCUAGAAGAAAACGCUAAUCAUUUUACGCAGCUCUGUCUAAUAUGGUGUCCUCCCUCGUGAUUUGUCAUGAAUUCAAAAGAUGGUUUGAUGAAGUCAAAGAGGCUGGAAGACAAAGUUGAUUUAUCUGCUGCACCCCAAUGCAGUCCCUGGGCGAGAAGCCUCCCUGCGCCACAGGGGCUUGAAUGCAUUAUGCACUCGGAUCGACCAACAGACCGCAAUAACCUAUUCAUACCGACCACAGUCCUUAGUCGGCAAAGCAUGCCCCCAUUGUACAUCUGCUAUCAUCUCUUUUGUUCAUGUAUCCCCACCAUUUAAAACUCAUCUCAAUCACAAAACACAAGUUUAUGACCACCAUGAUUGAUGACACCGUCUGACAAUUUUUUUUCUUAUAUCAAACACUCCUCUAGCUUCCUAAAACCUUAGGCUUGCCAUUUUCCUCCGCUGCUGUGAGAACGAAACCAUGUAUACAAGAGCCUGCCAUAUUAUAUGCUGAUUCGAUCUGAAGCAGUCGCAUUGUAUGUGAUUGCAAAAAAAGAAUUGUGAAUAUUGUGCCAUAUUCUGAAUUGAUUCUCAGAAAAAAAAAUAGUUUUGUAGUUUAUAGUUCUAGUAUAGUCUUUGAAAGUUUCAUUUGCCAUUUAAAUGCAGUGCUUUGAUAACUUGAAAUAAUCCUAUAUAUUACUACUUUAUUAUUAGUUAUUAGUUCAUAUUUCUAUGGAUAUGUGUGUGCAUGAACUAUAUCAAAAGCAUUCUUCCUCAUUUUAUUGAAUAAAUCAUGUCCACAAUAGAAAUAAAAUAAAUCCAAAGCAUUUUCAGUUUUGAGAGCAAGACAAAGGCACCAUCAUAUUAACAAAGACAUUACCAUUGUACAAAGACUUGAUUUAUUAAAUUAAAUCUUUAAUUAAUUAAGCAGAAACCACUCAAAUUUAUUUUCAAGAUUUCUUUUUAGAUUUUAACACUCAACAAAAAUUGCAUUUGUUUGGGUGUGUUUUCUAUGUGAUCAUAUCUCACAAAAUUGCUUUUAUGAUUUGAAUAUGAACAUUCAGUGCUUCAUAUUGAAGUUAAUCAUAAAAUUCAACAAGUCUACCCCCCCCCCUUCUUUCUUUCUCUCCCUCUCUCACUCUCUCAAGGCAGCUUUUGAAGUGCUAAAGGAAGCAUGUAUGAAUUAGAUUGAUGAUGAAGCAGUCAUGAAAACAACAUGUCUAAUACACAAAGUAUGAUUAAUGAAGCCAAUAAUAUUCGCACCUUGGCUAUUUGCAAACCAUGUCCCACCAACACACUGUUGUUCAUGUCAAGUACCCAGGCCGUCAUCCAUAAUCUACAUUCACAAAGAAAAAAAAAGAAAGAAAGAAAAGGGGAGGAGGGAGAAAGAAAUUAAACUAAAAACGACCCUGUCAUAGCCACUUACCCGGAGCCAAAAGUGAGAUUGAAGAAAAAAUUCAUAUGACAUUUAUUUUAAUUGUUGACCAUGCUCUUAUAUCCCCACCUUGAAACCCUUUUGAAGUAAGCAUGAAGCCAGGCUUUCUGCAUGAAACCACUUCAGGAUCAUGCCUUGCUUUGCUUGGGUUGCCAAUUUGAUAAGCAGCCUAGACUCUGGCCCGAGUCCAUGGAACCAGGCCCACAAUGCUGAACCAGCUUGCCUGAUUCAUUAAGCCAAAGAGGAAGAUGUAAUAAUAUUUUUUUCCAAGUUGCCACAUCAGAACACCUCGAUGCUUUCUUUGGCGUAUUAAGGUGUGGCGUGAUAUUGAUCAUACUGCUGUCUUGAUCAAUUUAAUGUUUCAGAGAUAGAGAGAAAAAAAGAAAGAUAUUCCAUGGUAACCUUUUACAUCUUUGGAUGCACUGAUAAUAAUUAGUAUUUUAUGUCAAGCAAUCAGUAGAUAAUGUUAUUUUAUUUAAUGAUAUUUGCAUUGAAUUAGACCAUACAAAGAAAUUGAAAGAAUGAUUGAGUCCACUGUACUUGCCAUUUUGUCUCACAACUCUUGGUCACAUGAUGAAUUUUAUUUUGUUGCAAAAAGGUGAAUAAUCACUAUACAAAUAACUAACCUCUUACAAAGAAAUUAUAUUAUAGAAAGAGUAACAAUUUGUUUCAAUAAUAUAUUUCAUUACUCUUUAUUAUUAAGAUCAUGUAGAUCAGUAUAUGAGCAAGUGAAAGAGACCAUCUACUGUAUAGGAAAUGGGGAUGGCAUCUGAAAGUGAAUCUGAAAGUCAAUUUUCUUUUCCUAACCAAGAAAUUUUGAAGAGGAAAUUGACCAAAGUAUUAGAUAUAACGAGAUGAUUCUUACUGAAUCAUAAACAAGGAGACCUGUCAUGUCAUGUGCUGCUCAAUCUGUUACAUCUUGUGCCAAAAAAAUAAGUGUCAUCAUUCUUUGGUGGAUGCCAAGAAAUAUUUAUACAAAAAAAAUGAAAACGAAGAUUUUCUUGGCCUGUUUAAAGAGUUUGUUGCAAGGAAAGUUCACACAAGUGAUGUCAUGAGAAUAUCAUAAACACUUCCUUCUAGUUCUCCAGAUUAUAGCUCAUCCUUCGAGAUUUAGGGAUUUGAACGUAGCCUAUGUAGCGCAGAGAUAGAUACAUGCAAACCUGGAGGAAGAAAGCAAUUGGGGUUAAAGAGGAAUGUCAUUCACAGACAAUCGUAAUAAAAUCAAUGUAUGCUGCAAUAUGAAAUAUUAUUAGACUAUUAGUUUGUGAUUUGAUGGAAAGGGACAUCUAUCAAUUAAACAUUUUUUUAAGGUGGUAACGUGCUGCAUCUUUUGUGCGACAAAGAAAAGCAUAGGAAACUCAAAAGUCGGUAAAUACGUGCUCUCAAGGAUUUCUGUUGUGUUUUGUUUGAGUUGUGUGUGCUUGGCUUUUUGAUAUGUCGACCAGGUGAUGAAUGUAGGUGUAGAAACCAAAGCUUUGCUUAUAGUAUAGACAUUAGCUGAGUGCAUAGCACCAAGAUCAAGUAGAGUCUACGUACUGAGCACUCAAGUCAGUCUCCCGUAAGAUAGCUACCGGAGAGCUUUCGUCUGCACGUCUGAAGUGAAGUAGCUCUCAUACGGGCACUUGCACUUCAGACUGCUUGUAUAUUACCCAUUAGUCUUUUUUUUACUAAACCAUGCUUUGAUUAACACUUGCUGAAGACUGGUAAAUUAUAUGUGAUUUGCUGUAAAUAUAUUAUCAGAUCAUGUGUGAUUUUUUUUUUAAGGAAAAGGGGUAUGAAGAUGUAUAUUUGCCCUGAUCCGUGUACAUGCAUUCACUAGAAGUGCUUUUAUUUAACUGUUUGAAUGGCAGAUUAGAAGAUCAUAGAUUGUGUAUUGAAUUUAUGAAACUAUAAAUCAUGAUCUUCAGAAACUGCCCUGUUUGCUGAUGAUAAAGCUAUUGUGAGUACUCUGAACAGCUUUCAGAUCUGGUCCUUAAUACCAAGUUAGUUAUGUGUUUUGUUGGUCAUAAAUGGAAAGAAUUACAUCAAUCCCUUUAAAAUGAUCAUAAUGAUCAUUGUUUUAAAUUAUAUUGAUCAGAAUUCUGACCACUUACUGCAAUCUGUAAAUAGGAUUACUUCCACUCAGGCAGGGUCGGCAAUAAUCACUUUAUUAUUUUCUUUCUUUUUUCUUCUUUAUAUCUCAUUUUGGGACUUUGCAAUCCUUGGGUCUUAUUUUUUCAUCCUUGUCUAUUAAUUCAUGUUUAUUUUAUUCCUAUUGUUUCUCUCCUACCCAUUGAUAGUCUAAACUCAAGCACUCAAAGUAAUUUUACAUUUUCAUCAAACUCUCUCUUGUAAACAUUCUUGAUGUAUAUUUGAAAGUAAUAUUCAAAUGUAUUUUAUAUACUUGUAGUGCCUGUGGUGUGGACUCUUUCCAUGGCAGUGCCUCUUUUUUAUACUCCAUUCUUCUAGCUAUUGAUAAAAAAUUAUUGAAAAAAAUAUAGUAUUUGACAUUCCAGUAGAAUGUAGAGAUAGAUUCUUCAGCAUUGAAAUAUUUAUUGUAGUCAAGACUGUUCUGAGUAAGAGUGCCUCUAUCCCUUAAUAUUUUUAUCAGGAGUAGAGCUGGGCAUGGAUUUUUGCUAGGAAUAGCAAUUCACAUUAAAAAUCAGUCCUUUAUUUGAAUAUUCGCUAUGAAUCAAUAGGUCUUAACUUACCUUAAAGUUAUAUUCAUCUAGUCAUGAUGUUAAAGUAGAAGCAAAUUAAAGGACAAACUUCUGAAGUCACCCAAUUUACUGAAAUCAGUUUCACAAGUAUCUUUUGUAUGCCAUCAAUACAAAUAACUAUUUCUUGGAAAGAAAUUGAUAGAGAAAAUGCCUACGUUCUUCCUCUUAUAUUUCUUUGUUGGAGUACAGGCACACACCGAUCUCACCAGGAUGUUGAAUUUUGCUAUGUUUGAAUUUCUAAUGAUACUGGCUUGGAUAUACAGGGUUUUUUCAAACAAUGAGAUUGUGGUUGUUUCACCUAGUUUAAUGGAGAAUCUAUAACAGUACUAAACAAUUUGUGUCAUAUGGAGGAUAAUGAUGAAAGCAUGCUACAGCCCACAUAUUAAUUGACUCUUGCCAUUUAUUGAUUGAGAUACUAGCUAGAUCAUGUGAUAGGGUUGAUGUUCUUUUUCUUCUCUAUGUUCAAUAUUUCAAAGGAAAAAAAAAAUGUGAUGGUUCAUUUAGCAAUGUCACACUUGGAGUACUGUUUACAGGUGCAAUUUCACACCCCCUCUGAUCUAAAAUGGGCAAAGUUGCACCUCUAAACAGGAUAAGAUCCUCCAUUGUACAAUUGGGUUGCACCCAAUAAUGGUGCAGAGUUGAACCCUAUUUUUCUUAAGAGUGUAACUCUCCCUCUUUCCUUCACAUUGAAUCCGAUAGCUAUGUAAAUUUUGUCUACCUCAAAAUAUUCAAAUUAAUAAGAAAAGGGCUUAGAUUUUCUUUCAACUCUGAUUAACCGAUCCUAUUUCGAAUUGAUUCCUGGUGUGUUGUAUGUCCAGGAAUGGGACUAAGUACGUAAAUGUGUGGCAUUAUGACUCACUGUUCUUAAUAAUGUUUGAAAAACAAUUUUUUUAUUCAGUAAUUUGA